AGCAGCAAAGCAGUGAAGGUAAAGUAGCAGGACAACUAAAGUCAGGAUGCAGAGAAAUGUGGUGAUUAUACAUCUUCUCACAUGUCUUCAUUUCUUCAUUUCUUGUGAAUAAGAGGAAAAAGGCCUCAUGGAACCCGCAAGCUGAAGGUUUAGAGCUGCAAAGAACCUAGCAUCAAACAUCACCAUGCUGGAGCUGAACUGUUCCCUCAAAGCUAUUUUCACAUCUGGUGCCCAAGUCUUCAGUGGCGUGGGCUGCCCCGAGGCCGCUGUGGCGUGUGGGAUGAAUAUCUCGUGGGUGCUGGCCAACGCCACUCAGCAGGAUCUAGAUGAGCUGUGUUUGAGUGAGGAGGAGUACCUGGCCAGGUACCUGGGGCCUCUCCGGUCCCCCGUCUUCUCUCCCGUCUGCGUCACCUACCUCGCCAUCUUCAUGGUGGGCGUCCUGGGCAACUGUUUGACCUGCGCUGUCAUCUUACGCUACAGGGUGAUGCAGACGCCCACCAACUACUACCUGCUGAGUCUGGCGGUGUCUGACCUGCUGGUGCUGCUGCUGGGCAUGCCUUUAGAGCUCUACGACAUGUGGCAGAACUACCCUUUCCUGCUCGGCGAGGGGGGCUGCUACUUCAAAACCUUCCUGUUUGAGACCGUCUGUUUCGCCUCAAUCCUCAAUGUCACCGCUCUCUGUGGGGAGCGCUACGUGGCUGUGGUCCACCCCCUGAAAGUCAAACACAUGACCACGCACGCCCACGUCAGGAGGGUCAUCUUCAUGCUGUGGGUUCUGUCCAUGGUGUGUGCUGUGCCAAACACCAGCCUGCACGGCAUCAUGGUGCUGCCUCCAAGGUUUGGACGACCGUUUCCUCGAUCUACAAUCUGCCAUGUGGUCAAGCCCACCUGGAUGUACAACCUGAUCAUCCUGAUUUCCACGCUGGUCUUCUUCCUGCUCCCCAUGUUGAUAAUCAGCGUUCUCUACCUGCUCAUUGGCUUGCAGCUCCGCAACGAGAAGAUCAUGACCAUGGCGGACACCAGGUGUAGCUUUGGAGAGGAAAGUGUCUCCGGGUCAAGUAAAAAGAAGCUGAGCAAACGCAACAUGCAAGUCACCAAGAUGCUGUGUGUGUUGGUGGUCGUGUUCGGGCUCUGCUGGGCGCCCUUCCACGUGGACCGCUUGAUGUGGAGUUACAUCGACACCUCUUCCCAGCAGCACCUCAAGCUCUUCGAGCACGUCCACAUCAUCUCCGGAGUUUGUUUCUACCUGAGCUCUGCCAUCAACCCCAUCCUCUACAACCUCAUGUCCACCAGGUUCAGAGAAAUGUUCAGUCACGCGACUUGUUAUUCUAACAGCUGGCCGAUAUACUCCAUGUCACAGAGGACCCGGCGCAGCACCUUCAGCGAGAAAAUGACACUAUGAAUUGGACCUAGGGUCGUCUGGGCCAAAGGAGGUCAGUGGAUAUUAUACACAGAUGGGCAACAAGUGGUGAUGGUUGGUUGGGUGGAGUAGUGGUGUGAUUAUAGGGUGUGUAACUCCUGCUUUGUCCAAAUCCAAUAGGAGAUUGUACGUUGAUUUAACACUGACAUCUUCUGCUCUUUAAAACUUGUGACUUCCCUGAAAGCUUUUUCAGUGUGAUACAUGGAUUGUUGUAUUUUACCUACUUUUGCAAUGCUGGCUUCCCCCAAUCUGACUCUGACUCCAUUGUUGGCAAUGGCCUUUAUUUUUUUCAUGGCUGCGUAAUGCAUUUUCAGUCACACGCGUCAUGUAAUGUCAGGUGACUGCCUGCAGCCGACCAGAAACCAGCCACCAGAGCAGAUAGAUGAAAAAAGAUGUAUAUAUUGUAUUCAAAAUAAAGAAAAUUAUGUUUUCUUCAACUGCAUAUCAUCCUAACCCUCUCCCCUCUUCCAUUCUCCUAUUCGGCACCCCUUCUUUUUCCCUCUCCUUGCUCCUCUACAUAGGGUCCUGAGGGGGCCCAUCCCGCCAGGUUGCUGCAACAGAUCCCCAGUCCAAAGCUUCCCCACAAAGAAACUAAGACCCAAGAAUCCUUUAAACUCUCAUGUGUCGCAUCUCGUUGAUGGUGUGGUCCUUGCUAGUGAAUGGGACUCAUGGGAUAUUUAGGAGCUACCACCCUCGUCAUCAACACAGCAGAUCAGGGAAUAUCUUUUGGGAGAAAGUUGUUCAUCGUCCCAACACAGAUUCAAUAGUAGCUCCAAACCGAUUUAGAAUAGAGGAACAAUAAAAUAAAAGAUAAAAUGAGGAUUCAGUCAAUUCUCAGACGAACAAUGAAAUGAGCAUAAAAAUACACACAGCAGCAUUUUUAUGCAAUGGAAACACAACCAUAUAGCAGCCUCAACGUUAAUUAAUUUCUAUUUAUGUAAUGUAUUUAUGGUAUUUACUGUAUAAUGCGAGGCAACAUUUCCAUGCUUGCCUAUUGAAUGAAGAGUGAAGGUACAAUGAGUGUGUGUGGAUGAAACAGAAAUGAAAGUUAAUAAAGGGAAACAGGAAUAAUGAUGGGAUGGUUUGAAUAUGACACAAUGCUAAUUAGUCAGGUGCCUUAAAACUACUUACAUUAUGUUCAUAAAAUGAUAUGAAUAUAUAAAAUACAUAAGGCAUUAUGAUUAUAUAGACCAUCGCAGCAUUU